CAUCUUGUCUCUGACGUCUUGUGAUCACAAGACUUCUUUUGAGUUUUCUGUCAAGGCAAAAAUUGGGCGAAAAAAGGCCGUCCCUGUCGGGAUUUCUCGGGUAUAAUAUCACCAAAUUGCUCAACAAAUAUCUCAAGAUGAGAUACUUCCUAACUUACCUGUUCGUGUUGCUCGUGAGUCUCGCGGUAGUAAUUUUUUCGCUAUACUACCUCUUGAACGGUAAGGGUGAGCAGCUGAGUGUGGGAUGGUUCCUAGACAACACGUCCCCCUAUAUGUGGGGUACGCUGGGCAUCGCCUUCGCCGUAUCCCUGUCGGUGGUGGGUGCUGCCCUGGGCAUCCACACGACUGGCACGAGCAUUGUCGGCGGAGGUGUCAAAGCGCCCAGAAUCAAGACCAAGAAUUUGAUCUCCGUCAUCUUCUGUGAAGCCGUCGCUAUUUACGGUUUGAUCACUGCCAUCGUGUUGUCGGGUAUGCUGGAGAAAUACACGACAGGUGAUAUUAACAUUGAGCAACAGAAUAAAAUGGCUGGAUUUGUGAUGUUUGGAGCCGGUCUGGCUGUGGGCCUGGUCAACUUGUUCUGCGGUAUCGCCGUCGGCAUCGUGGGCUCAGGUGCUGCCCUUGCUGAUGCUGCCAAUGCUGCCCUCUUCGUCAAAAUCCUCAUUGUAGAAAUUUUUGGAUCAGCCAUUGGUCUGUUCGGCCUUAUUGUUGGCAUUUACAUGACGUCAAAAGUCAAAAUGGGCAACCAGUAAAUCUAAGAAGACAUAAUACUUGAAUAAAACUUUGUACAAGCAGCACUGGGUCGCCUGGCCUUGAUCUUAAGAAAACAAAACACAACCAGUGCUUAAAAACUGUACCCUAACAUAAAUAGAAUUUGGAAGAUUUAAGUAUAACUGCAGUGUUGGAACCAAGUAUUGUUGCUGUGUUUUGAAUUUAGAUUCCUACAUACAUUUUUUGAUGUUAUUUUUUUUGUAAACCCUGUUAGGGCUGUUACACGGAAUGUAGAAAAAAACGAAUCAGAAAUUGUUCUCUAAUUUGUCAAUUUGCAAAACUGACUUUUUGAGGACAGUGAAAUUGUUAUUUUCGUGUAACAUUCUUAUGGUCUUAGCACUGAAAUCAUUAUUAAUUUGUAAGAGUAAAUAAUUAUGUAUUACUUGUUUUUGAUUUUUUUUUUGACUUCAGUUACUGCAUUUUGUGCUAAGGUCACAGAUUUGUAUGAACAGUUUUGAUUGUAUUGGAGUGUUUUUGUAACCAUAGAGUUAGCUUGUUUUAUCAUGUUACACUGUGUCUCUGACGUUGAGUUGACUAGAUACACAUUGCAUGACGACAUAUCACAAUUAUACAUAAUGCCUUAUUCCAACAUACUGCUAGGUGCACACCUAAAAUGGCAACACAGCUCACUACUUUUGUCAUUUCCAAAACCCUAGUGGUCAUAACGCCUAAAUGCCUUGACAAACAAAAUGCAAUGUUGUAUCUAGUCAUUUUAAAGGCUUAAACAUUCCAUAAAACCAUGUUUUCAUCUUGUAAAUGGUUAAUCAUUGGUUUAUUGAAUCAAUAGCCCAUAAUACAUAGUGUACAUAAACUUUAUAAUUGGAGUAGUUUAUCAUAUAAUUAACAAUAUUCUAUGGCUAAUAUAAUAUUACUGGCAUGAGAUUGAAAGAGGCAGAGUGUUACUGAGGUGCUUGUCCACUGUAUUCGGAUACUAUGCGUGCUUUUUAUCGUAAAAUCAAAGUAAUUGUAAUUUGUAAACAUAUCCUUUUGGAUAGUUUCGAAAAUAAAAGUGGACUGGCAACGUUACAAAUUAUCCCAAUGUUUACAAAACGUUUUUCUUCUAAUAUUCGAUGUUCUCUACCUAAAUUAUAUGAAAUUGUAACUUUCAGAUUUUGUAAAUAUUAGUUUCGCUUCCCUGCUCUAAUUUAUUGUACGUGUAAAUUCAUAACCAUAUAAACAUUAUUAUAGGUGUUGAUGUGUAUGCCAUACAACUUACGAAGAAUCGAUCGAUAUUGGCUGUAGGCACAAAUAGUGACAUUCAUUAUUAUUGGAACAAAACAAUUGAAGAAGUAUUAUAUCAGUCUUUAAGUACCGUUUACUGAUGUAAAUCUAAGUUAAAUAUACUUUAUUUGUGCAAAUGUAGAUAUUAUGUAUGUUGAUGAAUAAAUAGACAAAGUUAA